UUGCAUUCUGGGAUCUGAGAUCAUCGUCCUCCAUCUUGCUUUUUUAACCGUACAAGAUAAGUGGAACCGUGCAGUUCAAUGGUCACGUUGUUAUUAAAGAACUCGUUUAAAAGCAAGGGUUUCGAUCUCAGGGUUACUGUCAUGCAGUCUGGGCAGGUUCCUUAAGUGUGCGUUUCGGGGCUUGUUUGGAAAGACGUUCAGGUGCUCGCACUCGUCUGUCCGAUGCUUUAGAGGCGUUCGGUCUCCUGGUUACUGCUACUGAACUCUACCGGCGUUUAUAAUGGGUCGUUCGCGGAGCCGCAGCUCUUCUCGCUCCAAGCACUCCAAAAGCAGCAAGCACAGUAAAAAGCGGAGCCGCUCUCGGUCACGGUCCCGGGACAAAGACAGGAAGAGGCGCUCGAAGUCCCGGGAGUCCAAGCGGAAUCGAAGGAGAGAGUCUCGCUCUCGGUCCAGGUCUAACACGGCCACGUCUCGCCGGGAACGGGACAGAGCCGCCUCUCCGCCGGAGAGAAUCGACAUUUUCGGCAGGGCGUUGAGUAAAAGGAGCGCCGUGGAUGAAAAGCAGAAGAAGGAGGAGGAAGAGAAGAAAGCCGAGAUGGAAAGGCAGAGGAGAAUUCGACAGCAGGAGAUAGAAGAGCGUCUGAUUGAGGAAGAGACUGCUCGGCGCGUAGAAGAACUUGUUGCCAAACGUGUGGAGGAGGAACUGGAAAAACGAAAGGACGAGAUUGAAAGAGAAGUGUUGCGGCGGGUGGAGGAGGCCAAACGCAUCAUGGAGAAACAGUUGCUAGAGGAGCUGGAAAAACAGAGACAAGCGGAGCUGGCCGCUCAGAAAGCUCGGGAGGAGGAGGAGAAAUCAAAGCGUGAAGAACUGGAGAAGAUUCUGGUGGAGAACAAUCGUAAGAUAGCUGAUGCUCAAGCUAAACUGGCAGAGGAACAGCUACGAAUAGUUGAAGAGCAGAGGAAAAUACACGAGGAGCGUAUGAAGUUGGAGCAAGAGCGACAGAAACAGCAGAAAGAAGAACAGAAGAUCAUUUUGGGGAAAGGGAAGUCGAGGCCCAAACUUUCUUUCUCUUUAAAGGCCACUGAGUGAUGAAAACAACGUGGCCAGGAUUUGUCCAGACUUUCUUCAGACCGCCUCUCUCCGCGUGAGACGUUGUGCUGCAGUGCAAGGUCUUCUUCAUAGGUGUGUUUCAAAUUCUCCGAACAACGGGAGCAAUCAGAUUUGUCAGAUACCCUUCAGUUUUCCCGUUUUACCUGUCUGUUUUGUAUUACUGACUCUUGUAUAGAUAACCUCCACCUGUCCUCCAUGUAAUCUCUGCAAACGAUGCGUUGUACGAGUAGG